CCCUCAACAUGAAGCAGUUGCCAGCAGACACCGUCCGAAUUCUUUCCAGCUCACAGGUGAUCACAUCGGUCGUUAGUGUGGUUAAAGAGCUAGUGGAAAACUCAUUGGACGCCAAAGCCACCAGCAUCGAUAUCAAAUUGGAUAAUUACGGCUUUGAUAAGAUUGAGGUUAGAGACAAUGGGGAAGGGAUCAAAGCUGCUGACGUUCCCGUCAUGGCCAUGAAGCACUACACUUCCAAAAUAAGCUCUUCUGAGGACCUGGAGCGUUUGACGACGUAUGGAUUUCGAGGCGAAGCCUUAGGUUCCAUCUGUUGCACCUCUGAAGUUCUGAUUACGACCAAGACAGCCGCUGAUGACUUUAGCACCCAGUACAUUUUGGAUGGAUGCGGUCAUGUAACUUCUCAAAAGCCCUCUCAUCUCGGACAAGGUACGACUGUCACAGUGCUGAAGCUGUUCAAGAAUCUCCCUGUGAGAAAGCAGUUUUAUUCAACGGAUAAAAAACGCAAAGAAGAAAUUAAAAAGAUUCAAAAUCUUCUGAUGGCCUAUGGCAUCGUGAAACCAGAACUGAGGUUAACAUUGAGACAUAAUACGAUGCUCAUCUGGCAGAAGAACAAGGUCUCUGAUCAUAAAAUGGCUUUCAUGGCGGUGGUAGGGACAGCUGUUAUGGGCUGCAUGGUGCCUUUCCAGCACUGCUGUGAAGACCCAGAGGUAUCUCUCAGUGGCUUCCUUCCAAAGGCUAAUUCAGAUGCUUCUUUGACAACCCAUUCAAGUUCAGAAAGGAGCUUCAUCUUUGUAAACAACAGACCAGUAUAUCAAAAGGACAUUCUUAAGCUGGUUCGGCAGUACUGUGACCUGAAGUCUUCUCAUCGUUCGUACCCCAUUUUCUUUGUCAACGUUACUACUUCUCCAGCUGCUGUAGACGUCAAUUUAACCCCAGAUAAAUCUCAAGUAUUGCUCCACGAUAAGGAGUCCAUUUGCCUUCUUAUCGAAGAUAUUUUAACGUCGCUGUAUGGGGCUCGAACCGAGGCGGUGUCUUGUGAAACCAAUGCAACAGACGCAACCUCGGUAGACACCUUUGCUAAUGAAAGAGAACAAACAGAUGUGCCUGUGAAUGAAAUCGAAUCCUGCAGAAACCCAGCUCCGCGAGCACGUACCUCGUUGUUUUCGUUUAGUAAUGAUGUGCGAAAUGGGGAAACAGGAAAAAACACAGAGGUCUGUUCGAAGAAUCAAACCUUGUAUAACGACUCUCCCCUCGAGCUCCUUACCGAAAAAGAAAUACCUGGCUGUGAGACAGCUGGCGACGAUCGAGUUCAGGACCGUUCCGUAAAUAAUUUACCAUGUGAGGACCAAGAAAGCAGGUAUAAGGUACUGAACGACAAUUGCAGUAUUGGAAAGGACACUCAUUCUGAAAGCGGCACUGGGGGUGAUUUGAGAAGGGUCACGAUCCAAGUGGACAGUAUGGAAAGACCAAGGAUGUCAAAGGAUUCCUCUGAAUUUACAGCUGAUAAAUGGAGUUUGGGGCAUGCCUUUGUGAACUCCAGAGGAGAGGAUCUGGAACCCGUUCAGAUUUUAAUUCCCGAAGCAGGAAAGGGAAGAAUCCAAAAGGGAAACGAUGGUAACGGUCAACAGAAUGUUCAGCAAGGAAAUAACGAUCCAGGCAUUAAAAAAACAAAUAUAAACGAUAAAGCGGGGCAGAUCACGGCCUACGAUUUAAUUAAAAAUCAGAUUGUAAAGAAACCAAUGUCAGCAUUUGAGCUUUUUGCUCAAGACAAUCGUUCCAGAGUGUUGACCGAAAACCCCAAAGCGAGCGCGGAGGAACGAAGGCUGAAAAUGGAAGGAAUGUGGGAGGCAUUAAAUGAAGAAGAAAAAAAGACAUAUGAGGAAAGAGCUGAGAAAGACCGAGAGCGAUACAGCAGGCAAAGCCGAAGAGCUCUGGAUCCCAGCAGACAGAGGCCAACUAAAGAGAGAGAGAGGAAGCCCAAGUCCAGGCUGAAAGACUGUCUGAAUGAUCAGCUGAAGCUUGACAAACUCUUCCAUUCACAAGCUGGAAAGAAAGACAGCAGCUCCCGCGCUGUAAAAACAGUGCGGGUGCCCUUCGCAAUGGAUUUGUUCAAACAGAGGCUUCGCCGGCUCGAGCAGCAAGAGUCAGACAAAGAGCAACUCCGUCUGAUUCAUCUCUCGAAUUUCCCUGAUGCGUGGAUCGUGGCCUCGGAUCAAAAGAUAACGAUGCUGAAUCCGUACCGCGUUGAAGAAGCCUUGCUCUUUAAAAGGCUUCUUGAAGACCAUCAGCUUCCUACCCAGAAACUGGACAAACCUAUUGUGUUAUCUGACAGUCUUCUUGGUGAGCCCUGUUACAUGGAAGUUCUUCGUAAUAUGCCAAAGGAAAGCAGGGGGUUUGACGGAUCAUCCUAUUUGCUGGAUUCAAGACUUGUAGCCAAUGGAUUUAAGAUAAAAAUAAUGCCAGGUGCUUCAGCUAAAGAAAGUCAGUUGGAAAUAGAAGGAAUGACCACCUGUGUGCCUUAUUACGGCGUUUCGGAUUUGAGAGAAAUUCUGAGUGCGGUGGUAAACAGCGACGCAAAGGAAGUUUACGAAUGUCGACCUCUCAAGGUGGUAAACUAUUUGGAGGGGGAAGCAGUGCGAUUGUCGCGGCAGCUCCCUUUAUAUUUAUCCAAAGAAGAUGUCCUGGAUACAAUUUACAGAAUGCGCAAGCAACUUGGAAGUCAACAAAAGAGCUGUGUUCAUGGACGCCCAUUUAUUCAUUAUUUAACAGAUAUCCCACAGAGCAACGAAGCAGAAACAGAUAAUUUUGUUUGAAAUCACAUUCUCUCCACUUUCUGUGCGUGUUCUGCUUUUUUUUGCAUUAUUAAUUGAGGAAGGGGUGGAAUUCUAGCAUAUUAGGUCACACCCCCUGAUGUAGCCAAUCCUCCAAGAGCUUACAAAAAAGAGCCUUGUAAUAUCUUGGAGGAUUGGCUACAUUGAGGUGUGUGGCCUAAUAUGCAAAGGAGCUCCUGCUAGAAUUCCACCCCUGAAUGGAGGGGAGGUUUGUUGUUUGAUUAGUUAAGCACCAAAUGUAUUUAAUGUGUUUCAUAAUAGUUCACUGUCCUAACAGAAUGUAAUGUUAACCUGUCCAUGUUUCCAAGUAGAAGAAUGCAGAAAGAUGGGAUGCGUGCAAUUAGGGUUUGUUUGUUUUUUUAAAGUUCUGCUGCACAAUUAUGGUUUCUUUCACUGUGCAAGCAAAAUCAUCUAAGGGAAAACAGAAAGAAUAAACAACCAAAGAGCAUUGUUGUGUUCAGAAGCAAUAGUAGAAGAGAAACAAAGGCCGAAGUCAAGAAAAAGCUAAGAAAACUUGCACUACAUAGUGUGUAUAUGUAUAUAUGUAUGUAUUUACUGCAAAUCAAUGUACAAAAAAGAGAUACAUGCAAAUACAGUUUUGUAUUUUUCUUGCUA